CUGCGCGGCUGCUUCAACGGCGCGGUGCCCACCCAGCGCGGCGGGCGCACCGUGGUGCCGCUGAAGGCCAGCCACCGUGCGCGCGUGCCGGGCGUGGUGCACGAGAUGUCGGCGAGCGGCGCCACCCUCUACGUCGAACCGUUGCGCGAUGUAGAGGCCAACAACGCCGUGGUGGCCGCCCGCGACCGGUACGCGGCGGAGGUGCGGCGCGUGCUGCGCGAGCUGACCGGCGAGGUAGCGCUCAAGCGGCUCGACCUGGAGCGCGCGGUGGCGGUCACGGCCCGAUUCGACUGCGUACAGGCGCGGGCCCGCUAUGCGCGGGCUCACGCGGGCGCCGCAGCGCAGGUCGGCCCCCUGGCCCUGCACCGGGCGCGCCAUCCCGAGCUGGGCGACGCCGCGGUGCCGCUGGACCUCGCGAUGACUCCCGAUGCGCGCAUCAUGAUCAUCACCGGACCCAACACGGGCGGCAAGACCGUCUGUCUGAAGACGGUCGGACUGCUGUGUCUGAUGAAUCAGGCAGGCCUGGAGAUACCGGCCGCUCCCGACUCGACCCUGCCGAUCUACCGCGGCAUCUACGCCGACAUCGGCGACGAGCAGUCGAUCACCGCAUCCCUGUCCACCUUCUCUGCGCACGUGGAGAACUUGGCCGCCAUCAUGAACGCCGCAACCGACUGUUCCCUGGUGCUGAUCGACGAACUGGGCACCGGCACCGACCCCGAGGAAGGCAUCGCCCUGUCGCGCGCAAUGCUCGACCGGUUCCGGGACGCGGGGGUGACGGUGAUCGCCACAACCCAUCACGGCGCCCUCAAGGCAUACGCCUACACCGAGACCGGGGUCACCAACGCGUCGAUGGAGUUCGACGGCCAUACCCUGCGGCCCACGUUCCGGUCAUCGAAGGGGUUCCGGGGGAGAGCCAUGCGAUCGACAUCGCCCGGCGCCAUCGCAUGCCGCACACCGUGA